GGGACUUGACGUACCCACGAUCUUUCUGUUGUCGUCUUGCUCUUUUCUGUUUCCACCGUUCAUUAUUUUCUCAUACUGGUUGUUUCUUCAUUCCACCCACCCAUCUUUCAAGAUGAAGAGGAUCUGUCGUUCCAGUCAACGGUCGCCGUCCCUUUUGCGGCCUCUAACACCGGUUACCCAUCAGCCUCGUCUCGUGCCAAUUGCCAUUCAACCCUCGACGACAACAACAUCAAAGACAGUCCCCAGCCGUCGCCAUGCCAGCUCGCUCUCCCAGAGACCAGAUGCUAGCCAUGUCAUGUUUCCGGGAGCCGUCAAAUCUGCUUUCUGCAACACCAUGACCUUUGAGGAACCCUCAAAAUACGAUGCUCUACCAACCUACCGGGCCGUCGACCAACACGGCCAAGUGGUCGACCCUUCGUUCAAGCCCGACUUGAGCGACAAGGAAGUGAUCAAGCUCUACCACGACAUGCUGACGGUUUCCAUCAUGGACCUGAUCAUGUUCGAUGCGCAACGCCAAGGCCGCCUCAGCUUUUAUAUGGUAUCAGCGGGCGAAGAGGCCGUUUGCGUGGGGAGUGCCUCGGCGCUUUCUCCGGAGGACGUGGUGUUUUGUCAAUACCGCGAGCAGGGUGUAUUCAAGCAGCGCGGGUUUCAGUUGAGUGACUUUAUGAACCAGCUGUUUGCUAACCAUAAGGAUUCGGGCAAGGGGAGGAACAUGCCGGUGCAUUACGGGAGCAAAGAGUUGAAUAUUCAUACAAUCUCCUCGCCAUUAGCUACCCAGCUUCCCCAGGCUGCCGGAGCUGCGUAUGCUCUCAAGAUCCAAAGGAUGCAAAAUCCCACGGUGCCCCCGAGGGUAGUAGCCGCCUACUUUGGCGAAGGCGCCGCAAGCGAAGGUGAUUUCCACGCCGCGCUCAACAUUGCCGCUACCCGUGGCUGCCCAGCGGUCUUCAUCUGCCGCAACAACGGUUACGCCAUCUCGACCCCAACUCUGGAGCAGUACCGCGGCGACGGCAUCGCCAGCCGCGGCCUCGGCUACGGCAUCGAGACCAUCAGGGUAGACGGCAACGACUUCUGGGCCGUGCGGGAGGUGACCAAGCGGGCGCGCGAGCUAGCCCUACAAGACGGCGGCAAGCCGGUCCUGAUCGAGGCCAUGACUUACCGCGUCAGCCACCACAGCACGUCGGACGAUUCGUUUGCGUACCGUGCCAAGGUGGAGGUGGAGGACUGGAAGAGGAGGGACAACCCGAUCGGAAGGCUGCGCAAGUGGAUGGAGGCCAAGGGUAUCUGGGACGAGAACAUGGAGAGGGAGGCGCGCGAUAGCAUCAGAAGAGACAUCCUCAAGGCGUUCUCCCAGGCGGAGAAGGAGAAGAAGCCUGCUAUCAGGACCAUGUUUGAGGAUGUGUAUCAGGAGAUGACGCCGGAGAUCAAGGCGCAGAUGAAGGAGUUGAAGGAACAUCUGGAGCAGUACCCGGAGGAGUAUGACCUUGGGGAUUUUGAGGGCGGGAAGGACAGCCUAGCUAGGUAGGUGUGGUAGGGUAGAUGUCGAAAUAAGCGACUUGGGUCUUUUUCAUCUGAUGCUGAGGAUUUCAUCCCAA